AUGUUACCAACGGGGCUGACGACAAGUGAUGUGAAGCUGAUUACCAUCAUCCAGCAGGUAUGCUCAGUGCUGUCUCUGGUGGGAUGCCUGUUCAUCAUCGCCACGUUUUGUCUUUGCGAUGCGUUCCACAAGCCUAUCAACCGUCUGGUUUUCUAUGCCUCGUUUGGUAAUAUUAUGGCAGGCAUCUGCUUCAUCAUGGCAGACUCGUUUAUCCGCGAGCCGGACGGAGCAGGUUGUCAGACCCAAGCAUUUCUACUCCACACCUUCGUUGGGGCUGAUGCCUUAUGGACCUUGGCAAUGGCUAUUAACGUUUAUCUUGCCUUUUACUACCGUUUUGACGCCCAGAGAUUACGCAAAAUGGAGUUACCAUACCUGAUCCUAUGUUACGGUAUUCCAUUCUUGCCUGCUUUCAUCUUCAUCUUUAUUAGAAAUGGCGAUGGGGACCGGGUUUACGGCAGCGCUGUUCAAUGGUGUUGGAUCGCACCGUCUUGGGACGCUUUGCGCAUUGCAACUUUCUACGGGCCGAUCUGGGGCGUCAUCGCAAUCACUCUCGCAAUUUACAUCCGAUCUGGUGGAACAAUCUACCGAAAACGCCAACAAUUACUCAAAGCCCAGGCAUCUGGCUCUGGUUCUGGGGGACUCUCAUACGCGAACCAGAGCACGAUUAAUAACAUGAAGACGACUGAGGUCACUAUUACCCGCGAGGCAGCGGGCGAGACGAAUGCGGUCGAGCUUCAAUCCAUGGGUCAUCAAGCAUCAGUCCACGUUAUCAGAGAUGAUACCAGAUCAGGUGAAUCGCGAACAGCCCAAGUCACUACCCAUACGAGCAGCACGACAUCGCAGCCAACUGUACCUCGUCCACCCGGACGUGUCAGCAAUGAUGUUUAUAGAGCGGCAUGGGCGUACACAAAGGUUGCCAUGCUAUUCUUCGCUGUCAUUCUCAUCACGUGGAUUCCAUCUAGCGCAAAUCGCAUGUACUCACACAUUCACCCCAAGGAAGUGAGUAAACCAUUGCAAUUCAUGAGCGUGAUAGUGCUUCCGCUGCAGGGAUUUUGGAACGCCGUCAUUUAUGCCGUGACGUCUUGGGCGUCGUGCAAGGCGUUGCUUGAGGAGAGAGGGUUUUGGGGUUCACGAACGCGAAUAAAUGAACCGGCCAAUUGGGAGGCAGAAGAGUCCCGGUCAAAUCGGCGCAGUAAACUUAAGACAAUGUUGAAAUCGAGGACUGAGGACUCAGAGAGUUUAAGAGAGUUGGCAUACCCGACGAAGUCAGACGACGGGCGCAGUGUGUGA